AUGAGUAAUAAUAAUAACAACACAAUAACAAAUUAUUUUGUAAAAUCUGCAUCUAGUGUAACUUCGUCUUCAACUUCAAAUUCAUCAUCAACUUCAUCUUUAACUUCGACAACAACAACAACCACAACAACAACCACAAAUAAUAAUAAAAGAAAUGGAUCAUCACUAGAUAAUAAGAAUGGAAAUAAUAAUAAUAAUAAUAAUACAAGUAAUUCAAGUAAUUCAGUAGAUGAAUCAUUUCAAACUUUAAAGAAAAUGAAAUCUGAUCUCGAAAAAGAUAGUGGUAACAGUGGUAAUGGUGGUUCAGUGUAUAAAUCAAAUAAAAAUUAUAAAGUAAAUAAUAAUAAUAAUAAUAAUAACAAUCAAGAUAAAGAUAGUAAUAAUAAUAAUAAUAAUAAUAGUAAUGGAAGUAGUGGUGGAUUGUUUGAUGAUAUAGAUCUAUUCUUAUCACCAACACAACCCUAUGAUAUGAGUGAAGUAGAGUUAUCGAUAAAAUCACAACAGUCAUCGAUCAAUCUGAUACCAGAGAGUGGAUCAUCCGAGAAGUACAAGGAAGUCUGGAACUCAGAGUAUGUAAAGAUGCCUUGUGCAAUGGCAAACACCAUAUUCCUGGAGCAGAAACGCACCAGUAAGUGGUACAUUAUCACCUCGGUCUUUGAGAAACACAUCAAGAAUUGCGAUGAACUCGAAGAGGCCAUCAAGAAGUACAAUCCGCGAUGUGCCUGGGACUUCCAAGGACUGCACGACUUCUUUGAGAGCGAAUACUCUGAGUCGGAAGUACAGGAGUUCUUCACAAAGACACUGCCAUUCAUCAAGCAUCGCGCGCAGCAGCUACCAUACCUGUGUCCGCGUCCCAUCCCGCUGUUGGAGCGCUCGGUCGACAAGGAGAUAUGCCUCUCACAGCUCCAGGUCUCGUCGUUGCUGGCCAACGCAUUCCUCUGCACCAUGCCAAGACAAGGUGGAACCGGUACCAAAUACCCAACGUUCAACUUCCACUCACUCUACUCUGCGCCGUGCACACCCUCGCGUGCCUCCAAGCUAAAGUGUAUUAUAAAUUAUUUUAAAAGAAUAGCAAAUAUGAAAUUGGAUGGAGUCAUUUCAUUCCAUAGACAGGUUACCUCUGAGAAGGAAAGUCCAGACUGGGAAAAGAGUGAAGCACAACUACAAGAUUUUUUGGUGUACAAAGAUGGAACCAUUGAAGAUAAUGGUGUUGGUUAUUUACAAGUUGAUUUUGCAAACAAAUUGAUUGGUGGUGGUGUAUUAGGACAUGGAUGUGUACAAGAAGAAGUUAGAUUCAUGAUAAAUCCAGAGUUGAUUGUGUCGAGAUUGUUUACAGCACAAUUGCAAGAUAAUGAAGCUGUUAUUAUUACUGGUGCAGAGAGAUUCUCGAAUUACACUGGAUAUGGUGAUACUUUUACUUGGGCGGGUGAUCAUGUCGAUACGACCGGCUUUGACAAUAAGGGCAGAAGAAUGACAUCGAUUGUCGCUAUCGAUGCAAUCAAGUUGUACGGUGAUCCUUUCAAUCAGUACUCACCGAACAACUUUGAUCGUGAGUUGGUCAAGAGUUACACCGGUUACUUUGAUCGCUACUCGAUGACCGUUCCCAUUCCGAUUGCCACCGGUAACUGGGGUUGCGGUGUAUUCGGUGGUGACAAGUACCUCAAGAGUAUCAUUCAAUUAAUGAGUGCAUCACACGCCGGCAGAAUGGUACACUACUUUUCGUAUGGCGAUGAGUUGUUUGCCAACGAGUUGACAGCAAUGAUUGAAAUCCUAGUUAAAAGCAACACAACCGUCGGUGGAAUCUACACAUCACUCUGGCAAUACUACAAUCUUCAAAGUGUAUCAGGUUCACCACAAAAACAGAUGAUGCAAAAUAGAAGAAACGUAUCUUUUGUAUUUGGUACAUGUCCGACUGAUCCAAGUUGGAGACCAACUCCAGCAAAUUUCAAUCCACCAACAACAUCACCACCAUUACCGACAACUCAAGCGGCAUCUGAUAUCGUCUAUGGCGCCAAGGACUUGUAUUAUAUGGCAUACUAUUUCGUUACCGAUCCAAAUAAUCUUCGUGAUGUAGUGAGUGAUAAUGAUAGUGAAUUCUCUGUAUUCUUCCCAGCAUACUCGCCAGAUUAUUUCUAUAUUGUCUCACGUCAAUCUGCACCAGCCAUCAAAGCUAAUGUUACCUAUCAAUUCUCAUUUGAUUUCAAAUUAACUCAUCCAUUGAAUGCCAUAGAUAAUGUAUAUUCCAAUAUGACAUUGUCAUUCUAUCAACCUGGUGAUACCGAUUACAUCUUAUGGACUUAUAGAGCACCAACCUAUGCAAAGACUUUCUCUGGUAAUUUCAGCUCGCACACUGAAUACAAGUCAAAUUCAAUUUCAUUCAGUGUUCCAUUUGAUCUUGGUCUUUCGAUUUUCAUUCUUCAAGUCAAUCGUACCAGAGCUACCAGUACUGCAGAUACCAACAUUCUAUUUAGAAAUAUGAAAAUUACGGUCCUACCAAAACCAAUUGUAACUCCACCAAAUUUAGUUGUUCAAGAUUCUGAAUUAGUACAUCUCCCAAAACCAUCCGCUGCUUUAGAUCCUCAAGAUAACACUAAAUGCCCAUAUCUCGCAACCGAUUUAGUUCAUUGGCAUAAUCCAUCAACUUGGCCAUCUGGUGUAGUUCCAUCUCCCUCUAGUAACAUUACUUUACCAGCUGGUAAACGUGUUUUAAUUAGUCCAUGUUCCAUCUCUCAAACUGAAAUCUAUCAAAGAAUUACUAUUCCACCAACAAGUGAAUUGGUAUUUGCAGACUCUGACUUUACUAUGAACGUCAAAGAUAUCUUGGUUCAAGGUAAAUUCAUUAUGGGUACUACCAAAUGUCGUUACAAUGCAAAUAUCAACAUCAUUUUCCAUGGUGCAAAAACAUUUGAAAAUACUAUUGCUCCAUUCUUUGGUUCCAAAGGUCUCGGUGUUUCAACUGGUGGUUUCAUUUCUGUUCAUGGUAAACAAUAUCAUAGCACUUGGACUAAACUCGCAGCCACUGUUUGGAGUGGUGAUAGAGUUAUCUGGAUUCAAGACAAUGUUAAUUGGGAGGUCGGUCAGCAAGUGGUUGUAAUGACAUCUCAGUUUCGUGAUGAGGAAGAUAACCAAAAUGAAGUAAUGACCAUUAAAUCUAUCUCUGGAAAGGUAAUUGAAUUCACUGAGCCAUUAAAGUUCUAUCAUUAUGGUGGUAAGGAGUAUCAAGUUGAAGUAAGUUUGCUUUCAAGAAGAAUCGUAUUCCAAGGAGAUUCCGCUUCUUCUGAAUCAACUGAAUUUGGUGGUCAUAUCAUCAUUUCUGGUGAAGGUCAAUUUGCUGGUGUUCAGUUAAAGAGAAUGGGUCAAAAGAAUAUCAAAGCACGUUAUCCAUUGCAUUAUCAUUUGGCCGGUGUUGUUAAGAAUUCUUACAUCUCUGAUUGUGUAGUAACCAAGAGUUAUUAUCGUUGUUACACAAUUCAUGGUGCAAACAAUGUUACUCUAACAAGAAAUGUAGCUUUUGAUGCUAUUGGUCAUUGUUACUAUCUUGAGGAUGGUGUUGAACAAGACAAUACUUUAUCUUUCAAUUUGGGUGCCUAUGUUCAUACAAUUGGAGAACCAGCUGCUGGUGGAAGUCAAACCGGUGAAACUUUUUAUCAAAAUGAAAAUCUAACUCAACCGGCUGAUAGCGCUGCUGGUUGUUUCUACAUUACCAAUGCUUGGAAUACAAUUAUUGGUAACGCUGCUUCUGGUGGUUGGUCAGGUUAUUCUUUCCCAAAUCUUGAAAAACCAAUUGGUAAUCAUAGAAAUGUUAGUAUGGAACCGCAAGCUUGGACUACUAAGGUUUUUGAAGGUAAUUCAGCUCAUAGUUCUGGUUACCAGUGGAUCUCUGGUGCCUCUAUUUAUGUUGGUGGAAAAUUGGAAUUCGAUGAAACAAUGGGUAUUUUAGUUUAUAAUACUGGUAGACAUUCAAGAAACACUUGUAAAGAUGGUAUUUUCUCAUGGAGUUCAGACACUUUUGUAUGGAUGAGAUUCAAUAAUACCAAGAUCUUUUUAUCGAAUUUCGGUCUUCAACAUUGGGGUUCAAGAGUUGAAGUUGUUAAAUUUGAAGCAUAUGAUUCAAAUAGACCAGGUACUUUAUUCGGUGACGCAUGGUUACAUCAAGCAAUUGUUGAUGGACAAACUGGUAAUGUUCUUAGUAAAUCCAAUGCUAAUUAUCGUCAAGGUUUCCAACUCUACGAUAAUUACGUUACCACUAUUAUUUCCGAUGUCACAUUUAGAAACUUUAUUGCAAAUCCAACUUCCGUAUAUCCAGAUGUUGAUAAUGUUGUUAUUAUUGCUUUGACAUUCAGUGAUAUCUAUAAACCACAAUUCAUCUCUUCUUUGGUAAAUAUAACACUUCAAAAUGUUCCAAAAUCUCAAGUUAUCGGUCACAGAAUCGUUCCAGAUUCAGGUUCAUCGAGAUAUUUUAAUCUCAUCGAUUGGGAUGGUUCAUUAGUUGGUAAUCCAGGUGUUCCAACAAUUGUCGGAGCUCAUGAAAAAUGGUGGAAGUACUCUGAUGCUCAUUGUAGUUUCCAAGCUGAUUGGACAGUUUGGGUUUGUGACAAAACCACUAAAUCUGUUGGUAACAUUGAAAUUUACAUUCCAAACUUGAUUGAUCGUGGUCAACAAUAUGAUUACGGUCAAUUUGUUGGUUGUGUCAGUUUGUUUGGUGAAGGUAUCACUGAUAUUAGAAAGACAAACAUCUCCAGAAAUGCAGGUAUCACCGGUAUCCUAAAUAUGGGUUGGUACUUGUAUUUGGAUUAUGGUACUCCAACCUAUUUGCAAUUGUGGGUCGCUCAAGUUCCCUAUGGACACUACAUCUUUAUGGCGAUUCCUUAUCCAGCCGGUACAACCUUUAAUAUCUACUCUGAGAAUAGAUGGGCUUGGCAGAAUGCCUAUGGAUUCAACUGUACUCUUGGUACAUCUGCUGCGCAAGUCAGAGCAAGCAAUGGUUCAGUUUACUAUUUCGACCAAACCAAUCUAUACAUUAAAAUUGUCAACCAAGCACUUUUCGGAGGAGCAGAUGAAUCAUUCAAUAGAGCCGGUGUCAAGGUCGACUAUGUCUAUUGGGAGUAUUUCUAUCAUAUCCAUGCAUCAAAUCCAAGCGUUCAACCAAAUUCUGAUGGAUUCUAUCCAAGUUCUCCGUAUCAAUUACCAUCAUCAUUAUUAUAA